UACUGAGACAAGUGCUUCUUAAGUGCUAGACUGUGUCGAGCAUCAUCACAUGAUUUGACGUCGAACUAAACUAAAAAUGCAAAACACUAUUCAGUUUGUGGGAAAUAAUUGUGCGAUCAACAACGAGCAAACAAGAAAAACGUCUAAACAGAUCAACAAGCAACACGGAAACGGCACGCGAGUUAUUUCAAUAUGGCUUUACAGGCGAACAGCAGAACACAGCCAAUAUUGCUAAAUCGCAAUGAGCGCGUCAUGCCUAAGUGGGUGACAGAACAAAGCGAUCGUGUUGGUCCGAAACCACCACCUCCUCCAAUCGAAUUGCCAGGGAAUAAUACAGAACCAGCCCUACCGCCGAAAACUAAAACACUACCUGAACCUGAUUAUGAAGUUAUUGAAUUCUCUAAUCAGCAAUAUUCAAAUGCACCCUUGAGACCGCCUUCAAGCAGCUCGGGUGCUAAAACUCCAGAUUCGAAAUUGAAAUGUACAUUAUGUGGUUCAAAUAAUCCUUGGGUAACUUGCGAUGAAUGUGCUCAACAAAUAUUUUGUGCUUCAUGUGAUGACAUGUUUCACAAACAUCCCAAACGCAAAAAUCACAUGCGUAAAACUUUAGAACAGUCGAAACCACCUUUGCCGCCUAAAGCAGUGCCUGGACAACCUGGUCCCUUGCCGCCAAUAGCUCCACCCAGACGAAACAAGCGCGGCUUGUUAACGCCUCUAAUGCAACGCAAGGAUCAGGUACGCAACUGCACGAUUUCCUAAACGAUAAAACUUCUUUUACCGUUUUCAAAGCCAUAUCGCGCUCAUUCCCGUUUCCAAUUUUGCCAAUUAUUUUCGAUGUGAAUACUUUAACUUUAACUUAAAACUUGUUUAUAGUUUCGCUUGCUUUCGUAUGCUCUUCGUUAUAUUAUUAGUUCGAGCUUUAUGUCGGUGGUUUAAAGUUUAACAAUAAAAUUGUAUGAUUUGAAGAAGAAAAUAUUCGUUAGCCGAUUUAGAUAAAAUUGUAUUUUCUUUUGGGUUUCUCAUUAAAACAAGAACAUUUCUAAUUUUUUGAACUUAACGAACUGCGUGACCAAACUUGAAACUUAA